ACCCAAACAAUCACUUUGAAAACACAGCAGAUUAGGAUUCAGAGGGAUAGAGAGCCUCUGGGGCUAUGGUACAGCAACACAGUUGAAAUAUCUGCCACAGGUGAGACGUGGAUCAUGUACAUUGACUGAUAGUUACCUGAUACAGGUAAGACUACACAUGUACUGGGGCCUCUGUGCUACUUAAAUUUGUUUGAUAGGGAAUGGGUAAAAGGCAAGCCAGAAGGAUUUAUAUCAGAAACGGAGUAGCUGAUCUGAAAGCCUAUCUCUUUUGGAGAAUUAGUCCAGUUUGGCAAUUUUGGCCUUACAUCUUAAGUUUACUAGGAAUCCUCAGUUUAGUGAAUAUCUCAGAUAGAGUUUUGAUGUUACCAAUGCUAGGGAGGACAGCUGCCUGGUUUGUGCCUUCGUCGUUGGCUAACAUUAUUCUUGUUACCUUGCGGUCAGGCAUUCUUUGGUUAUUAAGAAACAUAGGGCACUUAUUCACUAAACUCUGUGUACCAGAUUCAAGUCUGAAUGGCAAUAUCUAGUCUAAAAAAAGCAGAUUUGGAAAAAUUCUCCGAUACUCCAAGUUAUAAUCACAGCGUGGCUAUUUCAGCCUACCUUUGCAAUUCAGAUUUCAAUUUAAUACGAUUUAAAUCCACAGUUUCAUUUAUUCACUAAAACUGCUUUAUUGUAGGGAUUUAAAAUUUAAACUACAAAAUUCAGGUUAAAAAUAGAGCUCUAACUUUCAGAACUUAGUUGGAGAUUUUUUUUCCCCCCUAAUCAGCACUUUGGCUUAAAUUUCACAAAUUUGAUUUCAGUUCACUAAAAAUUUUGAAUAGAUCCCAGAAACAUCAACUAUCACUCGAAUACAGCGAACCCGAGAGGAAGCUGACCCCCAGAGAUUACACCCCUCAAAGAUUGGACUUUUCAGAAUGAAGAUGUAUUUUUACAAUUUGUGUAUGUAGAUGGUGGGGUUAAGGGUGGGUUAGCAUCGAUAAGAGAAGAGCGGACGCAAGGGUCAAAACACAGGAAAGGGGGAAAAAUAGACAUACAGACAGGAAAAGAAACCUAAAAAAAAGAGAAAUAGGAUGAAAGAAAUAUAGAAGGUAAAUAAUAUAUAAACAGGGUAAAUAAAAUGUAUAAUGGGAAUAAAAGCAGAAGUAAAAAUUGACUUAAAUCCCCAAUAGCCUCUGAACCAGAAAUAUGCCUGCUAUAUAUGUUCCCCCGAACAACUACCCAAAACACACCAGGCAAUCGCAUACCACACACUUACCUCAGCGAAUCUUCUUAUUGCAAGAAACAACAAUUACAGGGUACAAUCUUCUUAUUGCAAGACACUGGAAAUCCAAAGAACCACCUAACCUUACACACUUACUAAACCAAAUCAGGCUCAACUGGACAUAUGAAGCCAUGCACCAACACCAGUUUGGACCUAAACCAACCUUGGCAAAAGCAAAAAAUAUGUGGGACACAUACACACAAGACAGGGAGGGGAAGGAAAAGAAAGGAAAAAACAAACAAACACGAUAGCGAGGAAGAACGCAUAUAGGAGUUUAAUCACUAACAAAUGGUUCGGAAUGGUCCCAAGGAUCGAACAUACUCGUCCUCCUCUCCCAACCCCGUUACCUCCUCCGCCCCCCCCAUGCAGCGCUAGCUGCGCAGCUGAUUCUCUCAACCCACAUUCCAACUCUCAUAUCUCUUCAUUCUCACUCCUUUUCUUCUGUCUUUAGUUCAUUACUUAAAAUUCAAUUGGUUCAUGCGACAUGUGAAGAUAUACGAAUCUAUUCAUUGUAUAUGACAAAGUUAUGCAACGCUACAUAAUUAUUGUAAACACUGUAUAAGGGAGAUAUUCCCUAACCUGUUGUAUGACGAACUUGCAAGCAUGACCCAAUAAAAAUUGUCAAAUUUUAAAAAGCAGAAGUAAAAAUUGGACAGGGGAGUGAACGAGAAGAGAUAAAAGAGAGAGAAAUAAGAGACAAAAAGUGCAAGAAACAAGAUAGGAAAUGGCAGAAAAGCAUUAGGUAAAAAGAGACAUGAGUAAGAGUGAGUGGGAAAAAAAGGAGAAGCAGCAGUAAUGAGUGAAAAAGGCAAUGGGGAAGCAAUUGAAGUGGGGAAAAAGAGAAACUAAAGUAUGGGAGUCUCUGUUCACUCGUUUUAAAUGUGCCUUUCUCAGAGAUUGGGAAGAAUAAGUAGAUUGAUAUUGGGGCAGAAAAGGCAGAAGGGUAGGGAAACUAAAAUCUGCUUCCCGUCUGCCCCUCGCCCGCCUUUUCUUUUUCCUUCCUUUCCCUGUGCCCCUCGUGGCCACGAUCUGCUUAUGAUGCCAUCACAGUUAUUUACUGGCUCUAAUAGUAAAAAAAAAAAAGGUGUGGGAACCUCUCAUGAUCACCACCCCUUCCUAAUCUUUAAAGGGAUACCGUAGGCGCCAAAGCACUUUAGGUUAAUGAAGCAGUUUUGCUGUAUAGAUCAUGCCCAUGUAGUCUCGUUGCUGAAUUAUCUGAUAUUUAGGUGUUCAAUCCCUUUGUUUAUGUAGCCCUAGUCACACCUCCCUGCAUUUGACUUGCACAACCAUUAUAAACACUUCCUGUAAAGAGUCAUCUAAUGUUUAGACUUCCUUUACUCCACAAUUAGAGCAGGAAAUAAAAAAAUUAUAAAUUGAACAGUUAAUAGCCUCUAGACCAGGGGUACCCAAAGGGUAGUUCCCUGGGGUUGUAUGCCUUUAGAUUGUCAAAGCCUCAUGAAAGCUGAAAUUAUAAAACACCUGGGGAUCUACCUUUUGGGCACCCCUGCUCUAGACCCUCCAGGAACCUCCUGGGUGGGAUUAAAAUUAAAUUUACAGAGCGGGAGAUAAAAAAAAGUCUGAAGCAAUUUAACAUCUGAUGAAACAUUUUUUUCUUGUAGGCUGUGAGAGCCUCAGCAAGGGGAGGUGUGGCAAGGGUUGCAUUAACAGAAACAAAAGUGAUUUAACUCCUUAAUGGCAGAGAAUUGAUCAGUGAAACAGCUAAAUAUUUUUUAAUGCCUAUAGCAAAACUGCUUCAUUAACCUUUAAGUACUUCACAACAUCUCACUCUUAAUGUGUAUGAUGUUCUGUCAUCAUAUAUAUACCCUAGUCCUGACCAUGGUCCUUUGAACACCCUGCCUUUGAGGGAGUCUAAGUAUAGACUGGGCCAGUCUAUGUAAAGCUAUUUCCCAUCUCUCUCUUUGUAUUUUCCUUCUCUAUAAUUUGAAGCCACUGUGCAGGUAUGGUGUGAAUAAAGGAAUGUGUAGAGUAUUUAUUCUAAAAAUAACCUUUGUUUUUGGUUUUCAAAGUAAGAAGUGUGGGAACUCUGUUCCCUCUGCAAAUAUAGUAAAUUUACUAAAAACUGUGAAUUGCUAAGAGGUCACCAGGGAAAUGCAAAUAUUAGGCCACAAGUAGUCAAAGUGUUAAAAAAAUAAAAAAAAAUUCCCUGGUGAAGAUCUGACAAAUCACAGUUUAGUGAAUAACCCUGUGUUCUUUCUGCUCAGCUUCCUGGUGACUCAAUGCCUUUUGAGUAGAGUCUUUGGAAAAUCUCUACUGUUAGGCUGUAGGGAGAACUAACUUUUGGCAUCUUUGGUCAUCAGGAUACAUUUUGUCUCCAAAGUGAUGUUUUACAUAAAACAACCAACCAUGAUUCUGGUUAUUCCCCUGUUUGGUUUUCCAGGUUCUUAAUUCAAAAAUCCUACCAUGAAUGACGUAAAGGAGAAUCUCAAGUUCCUACAGCAACGCUGUAAACUAUUGAAACAGCAGCAGGUAACGUUUAUCACAGCUCUGGAGCGAUGCCGUGAGAAUGCCCACGAUCGAAUCAAGCCAGUACAGAACCUAGAACAGGUAACGUGGCUCUCUUAGAAACUAUAUGGGAUAACGUGAAGAUAAUUGAGGCUAAAAGACGUGUUUGUUGUUAUGUGCAUAAAAUGUUACAUGGUGGUAAAGCCAUUAUUUGCAUAGGCGCUGUUAAAGGAACACUAUAGGGUCAGGAACACAAACAUGCUUUCCUGACCCUAUAGUGUUAAAACCACCAUCUAGCCCCCAGGCCCAUCCUUGCCUCCCUAAAUAUAGUAAAAUCUUAUUUAUAUUUAAGUCUGCAGCUGCUGGCUCUGCCUUUGACCUGCCUGCAUGUCUGACAUCAUCAGAAGUGAUUCUGUGAGCCAAUCACAAUGCUUCCCCAUAGGAUUGGCUGAGACUGUCAAGGAGGCAGAUCAGGGGCAGAGCCAGCACAAGUCAAACACAGCCCAGGCCAAUCAGCAUCUCCUCAUAGAGAUCCAUUGAAUCAAUGCACAUCUAUGAGGAAAGUUCAGUGUCUGCAUGCAGAGGGAGGAGAAACUGAAUGACAGUACUGCUCAGUGUGCAACACUGCCACAGGAAGCACCUCUAGUAACCAUCUGAGGAGUGGCCAGUGAAGUUUUCUCUAGGCUGUAAUGUAAGCACUGCAUUUUCUCUGAAAGGACAGUGUUUACAGCAAAAAACCUGAAGGGAAUGAUUCUACUCACCAAAACAAAUACAAUAAUCUGUAGCUGUUCUGGUGACUAUAGUGUCUCUUUUAAACUCCACAGCAAGGGGGUUAAGGACCUAAAUAGCCACUCCAGCACUAUUGUGCCAGAAACACGUUUGUAUUACGGACACUAUAGUGUUCAUUUAAAUGUAUUUUUCUAGGGCAGCCAUACUAUAGUCUUGACACUGUUCUUAUUCCUAUUCUUUAAGCUUAUAUGCAAAAUGUCUAAAAAAACAAUAGAGUUUUUGUUCAUGUCUCUUAUUUGUUGGAUCCACAGGUACAAAACUACUUGGACACUUAUUGCAAUAACAGUACAGACCGACGCAUCCUUACCUUAUUUUUGAGCAUCUGCUCUGAGAUCCAAGAAUUUUGCAUUCAACUCAACGAACUGCAGUUUGAGACAAGAGGCAUUAAAACUAAUUUAGAAGAAAACUUCAACCUUCUCAAUCCAGCCAAUGACUUGUCUGGUCUGAAAGCCAAGUAAGUGAAAUAUCAUAUAGUUAUUAGACUUGUGCUUUAAAUCUUAAACGAUCAGCGAAUUGUCAGAAUCACCAUAUGACCAAAUCAUGAAACGAGGAAUGAGUAAGUUGUCAGCCCCUCCAUGCGUCUCAUUCCCUCCCUCCCUACCAACCCCUCCAUGUGUCUCAUUCCGUCCAUGUUAUAGCAGCAAAUUAGCUUUCUGGCGCUUUUUCCUUGUAUGUACAGCAGCUAAACCUUCCAAAACCAGAGUCUCUUCUUUCUGGUCGCAGAUACAAAUAGAACAGGGAGUGUAGGGGAGCAGCAUUUUACAGAUGAAAUCCUUGUGUAGAAUCCAAUGGAGCAAAUAAGAGAAAAAAAACAAAUGGGACAGGAAUACAAAUAUAGUGUAGUAUAUCUAUAAAAGCAGAGGCAAAAUACAAAGAAAGAUAUUGCACUCACACUUUUCUGGAGCUAAAGAUCAGCUCUAGAUCACAGUGUAUGGACGGUACAAUCCCGGUCUGUGGAUGUAUGGAUGAUCCUGAUCCCCUCUGGUAUUGUAUGUUUAUAUCAAUAACCCACACGGUGUAUCCAGGAUGAUGCUUCAGUGAUAUGCGGAGAAAAUAAAAGAACAAAAAUAGUGCUCUCUGUUAUAAUAAAACAAAUAGAAUAAAAACGAAGAUAUAAUCACAAUGGAUGAGCAUUUAGGGAUGCUCAAUCCUUAAUAGCAUAGGUGGUUUGUCCCCCAUGUGGGAAUGUGAGAUACAGCUUCUCCAGUAAAAGAUGUUUAGUGAAGGUCCAAAGGUAAAAUACAAAUUAAUUUUAUUAAACAAAUGAAGAGAACACACCAACGCGUUUCACCUAUACAAAAGGCUUUUUCAAAGUGACACUUUCAAGGACACUUUGAAAAAGCCUUUGUAUAGGUGAAAUGCGUUAGUGUUUUACUUAUUUUCUUUUCAUUUGUUUAAUAAAAUUAAUUUGUAUUUUACCUAACGCCUGCUCUUAUGAGAUUUAUCCACUUACUUGGGAAAUCCAUCCUCCUGGAACUCUGCAGUGCAAGUUCUGCUAAGUUGGGUUUAGGGUUGAGGACCUCAGAAAUAGAUUCAGCCAUCUGACUCCUUCAUUAAAUGCAACCAACUCCUGGCCGAGAGAAUUGAUUUUGAGCUUAACGUUGGUAUCGAAUAAAUGCUUUUGUAUUUGGAUACAGGUAUCCGCACGAUGUGAUCAACCAUCUCAGUUGUGAUGAAGCAAAGAAUUUCUAUGGAGGGAUAGUGAGCCUGUUGCCAAUUGUCAUGGACAAUAUUCAAGAAGCUAUAGCCAAGAUGGAGAAAUUGCAUUCACUAGCUUUGCAUCAGAGAGGAAAUGAGAGCAGUGAUUUCACAGGAGACCAGGAUCCCAUGCAAACCACAGGGAUGCAAACUAGGGUCAGUCAUCGUGAUAACAAGAAAGAGUCUUUGAAGCCAGCUUGGAAGCCAGGUGGAAGUUUCACUUGUUAAAUGUACUGUAGCCCGCAAUCAGCCAGAUUCUGCUUGCGGUGCAGGAUCUAGCCAAUCACCAUUGUGGAAUGUAAAGAGGGCCUACAGACCAAUCCGUAACAAUUAAAUUUUUCCUGCAGCAAGCAAAACUUGUGGUAUUUUAAUUCAACUGACAUAACAUUUUGAAAAGCGUACAAUUCUCUCCAAUCUGUGAUUUCUGAACAUCUAACCCAUGAAAAUCGAAUUGUUAGUGAUCAGUAAAAUAGUUUUAACCACGUCCUUCAAAUCUAACCUUUACUACGUGAUCUUUGAUUUUGUAUUAAAACUGUGCCAUACUGUAUUAUGACAAUUCACUGUUCUGUAUUGUCAUUGAUUUGUUUUAUAUUUUUUUUGCAUUUUAAUAAAUACUGUAUUUGAGGAAAAAGGUCCUCUAUCCUCCACAUGUUAUAUUUGGUCUCAAACUCAAUAUCUGAAUUCACAGAAAUGACAGGGUCUGGUUACAAAGAGAUCAGAAGUAUUUGGAUAUAACUAUUCAGCAUUGUAAAUGUUCAGCCAGGUUUUGGAAUAGAUUGUCCCUCAUAAACUAGAAUUUCAACACCUCUGUCACCCCCACCCCACUCAGGAGGACUAGGCAAAGCAGAAAAGUGAAUACAACCCUGGAUGAAACAGUCAUUUUGUAAUUAUUUUGAAAAUUAAAUAAAAUUUGCAGUGAUUUUCCAUAUUCCUUAGAUCUCUUGGGGCAGAAAGAC